AUGUUUAUAAUAUCAUUGUUUUUUUCAGUUGUCUUACCAGUUGAUGGCAGAAGUACGGAAUCUCAUGUUUUCAAACCAGUUAAUGACAGAAGGACAACAUCUCAUGGUGGCAUACCAGUUGAUGACAGAAGUACGAAAUCUCAUGGUGGCUAUAGCAUACCAGGCCAUGACAGAAAUGUGAAAUCCAAUGGUAUUCCGACCUAUGCUUUUAUUGUUGGAGGAAGAGUAGGCGUGUUACUCAUCAUAUGCAUUAUUGUUGGAGUUGUUGUACUAAGGAGACGCAACUGUAGUGACUGGCGCAAUGCACAGAGGACAAACAAGAACAAGGUGAUUACAAAAUUAAACCCAACUUGUGAUAUUACUAAAAGACAAAGAGAACCAGAGAAUUACGAACAAUCUUACUUCAUGAAUUCACCUGAUGCCAUAUAUCUUGCAACAUCACAUGACAUUAAUUUAGACAACAGGACAGAUGAUAAUUUGCAUUCCCAUGACGUUAAACUAUGCCAUGCACAAAAACGGAGUAUCCUGACAAAUGAUGGUGUAAUAAAGGAAGACUCAACUACGUAUUCACAUCUUCGGAAUACUAUGGAUGAUUCAGACGUCAUGUAUGAUCACACAGUACACAAUACUGUUCAUGACACCUGCGAUGGUGAUUACGGCGUUAUACGCAUAAGAAUUACAGAUGAUGACUACGAUGUAUCUGGGAACUAUCGUCAGUCACUAAACAACAAGACAGACCCUGUUUACAACUAAAAAUGAAGACGUCCGAUUCAUUUUUAUGAUUUAUGACUCAAAUGACUUAUUCUAAUAAGUACAAACUUGUUUUAAUAUCUUAUAUUGGUUAUUGGUUUAAUAUGUGUGUAUGUAGGUGUUUUGGGUGUUAUUAGCGCGCGACAAAAAAGAAAAUUGCACAUUAGACGAUUCUGUUAAAGUUAUAUAUUUCAAACCAAGAUAUCAUCCCAUUGUAUAUACAUUCUGUGUUUAUAACAUUUUUUUAACUGUACUAAGAAAUCACCGCUGUCAUUUAGAUGUAGUAUACUCGCCUAAUGUUUGAGUUGUCAAAACAAUAACCUGUUUGAUCAACCCAAAGGAAGAAAAUGCAUACAAGGUUGAAACAGUUAGAAUAUAAACCAAAGGUAAGAUAAGAGUAUUCAUAAUGACCAGAUGUGGUGAAAUGUCGUUUUUGUUUAGUUUUUAGGUUUAACAUUGUGAUCACGUUAACAUUCAAUUUAUCGUAUUAAUUAUCGUGUAAAAGAAGGUAUAUUGAUAUGUUUGUCACAUGUAAUUGCUGAACACGAAGAACCUCAUAAGAAUAUUAUUUUUAAAUAUAAAGGUAAAUAAAAUUUUCAAAUAUUUCUCGUACAAAAACAGUUUUAGACGAUAUUUCGCAUCUUAACUUCUAUGUUAUUACCGAAGAACUUCAUUGACAUUUAAACAUGGGUUAGCAAGGGCUUCCAUCAUAAAUAUGUAAUACUUUCUUCGGUUAGAAUGGUUAUUUCAGACGAUGGUCUAACUCUCUCUUGAUUAUUACAUGUCUUCCCUAAAACACUGUCAAUUUCAAUUAUAAUUUUGCCUUUUUCAAUUAAGUCGUCAAAACGUUUGGGAGCUUGAAUGUGCAGGAUUUUUAUAGUGCGUUUUGAAUUACAACAUAAGAUCUGAAUAGGUGAACGUGGGAGGUGUGUGCUUGUAUAACUUGAUUAUCAUUAUUUUGUACCAAGUUUGGCUGUCUAGAGUGUGUUGUUCUUUGAAUUUUGUCUUUGUAUGCAAAUAAUUUCUAUGAACAUGCACUUAGUUUAGAAAAAAUGAUAAUCUAGUUAUAAAAAUAUAAAAACAAAACGCUGCUGUUCUUAUUGUGUCAACUGCAGCGCAGUCUGUUUUCAUUUUUUGAUAACCAAACAUUUCUAAUUUAAGAUCAGGCAUAAUUAAUAAGACCCAAAGUUUUAUUGAAUCAAAGGAUUUUUGAUAACCUGACGUGUGAACAAGAAAGAAAAAGAUUUUCGAAAUGUUUACAAAAUUCAUAAAUGUUGAGUUGGCAUUUGUGUUUCGAUGCAAGUGGUUUUUUUUUAAAUCUAGUUUUGGUAUGUAUGAUGAUGCAAUCAGUAAUCAUCUAUAAUUCUAGGACGUAGACACUCUGCAAUUUCGGUUGCAUACUCAUACUAUUUUAACCUUAUGUCAACAUGUGUGUUAAUGAUGACUGCUGUAUAUAAUAUUCAUUGUAAAUAUUUUUAAUAAACUAUUUCAUUUUA